CAUGAUUUUUGCCAAAGCAGCUGGCAUGGGAAACUUGAAAGCUAUGGAGAAGAUGGCUGAUGCUUUGCUAUUUGGAAAUUUUGGCCUGCAAAACAUAACAGCAGCUAUCCAAUUAUAUGAGUUCUUGGCUAAGGAAGGAUCACAUAAAGCCCAAAACGCAUUAGGAUUUUUGUCUUCUUAUGGAAUAGGAAUGGAUUAUAAUCAAGCCAAGGCACUGAUAUAUUAUAGCUUUGGAAGUGCUGGAGGAAGUAUGAUGUCUCAGAUGAUUUUGGGGUACAGAUAUUUGUCAGGAAUCAACGUGCUACAGGAUUGUGAAAUUGCUCUAAAUCACUACAAGAAAGUGGCAGAUUAUAUUGCUGACAAACUGGAAAAAAAUGAAGGCAUUCCAGUGGAAAAAGUGAGACUAACCGAGAGACCUGAAAAUUUGAGUUCUAACAGUGAGAUUUUGGAUUGGGACUUAUACCAAUACUAUAAAUUUUUGGCAGAAAGAGGAGAUGUUCAGAUACAAGUAUCUCUUGGACAGUUACAUCUAAUUGGGAGGAAAGGUCUAGAUCGGGAUUACUAUAAAGCAUUACACUACUUUUUAAAGGCAGCAAAGGCUGGGAGUGCAAAUGCCAUGGCAUUUAUAGGAAAGAUGUACUUGGAGGGGAAUGCUGCUGCACCACAAAAUAACGCUACUGCCUUCAAAUACUUUUCCAUGGCAGCCAAUAAGGGCAAUGCCAUUGGUCUUCAUGGACUUGGUCUCCUUUAUUUUUACGGAAAAGGAGUUCCAGUGAAUUAUGCUGAAGCACUUAAGUACUUUCAGAAAGCUGCAGAGAAAGGAUGGCCCAAUGCACAGUUCCAGCUCGGCUUCAUGUACUACUCUGGCUCUGGAGUUUGGAAGGAUUAUAAAAUUGCCUUCAAAUAUUUUUACUUGGCAUCUCAGAGUGGGCAGCCCCUUGCCAUUUAUUAUCUGGCCGAGAUGUAUGCAACAGGAACAGGGGUGUUAAGAUCAUGCACAACUGCUGUGAAGCUCUAUAAAGGUGUCUGUGAGCUGGGCCACUGGGCUGAGAGAUUCCUGACAGCUUACUUUGCAUAUAAGGAUGGUGAUAUAGAUUCGUCUCUUGUUCAGUAUGCACUGCUUGCAGAAAUGGGGUAUGAAGUAGCUCAAAGCAAUUCAGCCUUCAUUUUGGAAUCUAAAAAGGCUAACAUUCUAGAAAAAGAGAAGAUGUAUCCAAUGGCACUACUCUUAUGGAAUCGAGCUGCUGUUCAAGGUAAUGCAUUUGCUAGAGUAAAAAUUGGAGAUUACCAUUACUAUGGCUAUGGGACUAAGAAAAAUUAUCAAACCGCAGCCAUGCACUACAGCAUUGCAGUCAACAAAUAUCACAACGCACAAGCCAUGUUCAAUCUGGCCUAUAUGUAUGAACACGGCCUAGGUAUUGUAAAGGACAUUCACUUGGCCAGGAGAUUGUAUGACAUGGCUGCUCAAACGAGUCCAGAUGCUCACGUACCUGUGUUCCUUGCCCUCAUGAAAUUGGAAACUAUGCUUCUGAUCAGAGAGAUCCUGUUUUUUAAUCAGUUUACAAGAUGGAAAUGGAUGAAAUUGGAGAGCACCCUUGGGCCAUACUGGGAUUUACUUGUGAUUGGCCUAAUUGUUGCCAUAUUGAUCUUCUUGCUUCAAAGUCGCCAUGGAUAGGAUCUUGAUCACCAGAAAAAUCUGCUCGUGGUUUCAUGCUAAGAUAGCCUCACUUAAUAAAGAAUUUCCUCAGCCAGA